GCUUACCCGGACUCAGCUCGGUUCCGAGGCUCCGAAGCCGACGCCGCCAGCUCAAGCCCGGGGGCGGGAGCUGGACUGCCCACGGAGCCUGCGCCGGGGAGCCGCUGAGCCGGGAACGUCUCAUGGGACGCGCCCGGGGUCUCUCUUCGUGCCCUGCUCUCCCGUCCCUGUCCUAGGCGCCCGGGCUCUACAGCCCGCCCCGCCCGCAGCCCGCGGCCUGUCUGGAGAGGAGUAUGAGGCCCGGGGCCCCGUGGACGCCGGCCACAAGGCGGCAGGGGCCUACCUUGAGACCCCCGCGCCCGAGGGCGGUGGGUGAGGAGCCGCGGCAGCCGGCCAGGCGUCGGGGCGCAGAGAGGAGCGCCCCAGCUCCGGCGCCCGAAGGGCCGCGGGACCCGUUUGCGGCCUGAGCGCCGAGGAGGAGGCGGAGGCGCCCCGCCGUCCGGUCUCUGGAGGAGGCGGCGAGGGGCUCCGCGGCGGCCCCCGACCCCUGGUCACCAUCCUCACGUUUCUGCUCCCGCGGGGGGGAUGUCGCGGCCCGGGCCCCGAGCGCCGCCCCGGCCCCGGGGCUGAGCUCCGGACCAUGUCCUCCCGCAGCCCCCGGCCCCCGCCCCGCCGCUGCCGCCGCCGCCUGCCGCGCCCCUCCUGCUGCUGCUGCUGCUGCCGCCGCUCGCACCUCAACGAGGACACGGGCCGCUUCGUGCUGCUGGCGGCGCUCAUCGGCCUCUACCUGGUGGCGGGCGCCACAGUCUUCUCGGCGCUCGAGAGCCCGGGCGAGGCGGAGGCGCGGGCGCGCUGGGGCGCCACGCUGCGCAACUUCAGCGCGGCGCACGGAGUGGCCGAGCCGGAGCUGCGCGCCUUCCUCCGGCACUACGAGGCCGCGCUGGCAGCCGGCGUCCGAGCCGACGCGCUGCGCCCGCGCUGGGACUUUCCUGGCGCCUUCUACUUCGUGGGCACCGUGGUGUCGACCAUAGGUUUCGGCAUGACCACCCCCGCAACGGUGGGCGGGAAGGCCUUCCUCAUCGCCUACGGGCUGUUCGGCUGUGCCGGCACCAUCCUGUUCUUCAACCUCUUCCUGGAGCGCAUCAUCUCGCUGCUGGCCUUCAUCAUGCGCGCCUGCCGGGAGCGCCAGCUGCGCCGCAGCGGCCUGCUGCCCGCCACCUUCCGCCGCGGCUCGGCGCUCUCGGAAGCCGACUGCCUGGCCGGCUGGAAGCCCUCGGUGUACCACGUGCUGCUGAUCCUGGGUCUGUUCGCCGUGCUGCUGUCUUGCUGCGCCUCGGCCAUGUACACCAGCGUGGAGGGCUGGGACUACGUGGACUCGCUCUACUUCUGCUUCGUCACCUUCAGCACCAUCGGCUUCGGGGACCUGGUGAGCAGCCAGCACGCCGCCUACCGGAACCAGGGGCUCUACCGCCUGGGCAACUUCCUCUUCAUCCUGCUCGGCGUGUGCUGCAUCUACUCGCUCUUCAACGUCAUCUCCAUCCUCAUCAAGCAGGUGCUCAACUGGAUGCUGCGCAAGCUGAGCUGCCGCUGCUGCGCGCGCUGCUGCCCGGCGCCCGGCGCGCCCCUGGCCCGGCGCAACGCCAUCACCCCGGGCUCCCGGCUGCGCCGCCGCCUGGCCGCGCUCGGCGCCGACCCCGCGGCCCGCGACAGCGACGCCGAGGGCCGCCGCCUGUCGGGCGAGCUCAUCUCCAUGCGCGACCUCACGGCCUCCAACAAGGUGUCGCUGGCGCUGCUGCAGAAGCAGCUGUCCGAGACGGCCAACGGCUACCCGCGCAGCGUGUGCAUCAACACGCGCCAGAACGGCUUCUCGGGCGGCGUGGGCGCGCUGGGCAUCAUGAACAACCGCCUGGCCGAGACCAGCGCCUCCAGGUAGACGCGUGCCUCGCCGCGCCACGGACACUCACCAGGCUGGGGUGCAGCCGGGCGGCGUUUGCUUUCCUUCUCUCAGACGCUGGCGCUUUCUUAACCUUUAUCCAAUAAAAUGAAACCAAAAAAAAAAAUUUUUUUUAAAGAAAUACUAUUUGGCCUGAUGUUAUCAAGGGCAGGUUUUGGGAGAGCCUGUUUUCCUUAUGGGCUCCCUCUUGGAGAACUGUGGUCCCCAGCAGAUUCUCCUCCAGGGAGAGAAAAAGUGGCACCCCAGACCCUCGCCCGGUGCACACGGCAGUGAGAAGAGUGCCACCCCUGGGUUUUGCAGACUGGCACUAAACCCCAUCUCGAUGCACGUAAGCAGCUGGCAACCCCACAGCAUAUGGUGCAACUUUUCAUGGCUCUGAAUUACCUCCGCAGCAUUUAGAAUCCUGGCCCAGCCCAGCAGCUUCCUUCUGGUCGUCAGAAGUGAUAUAGUCACAGUUAUGACAGGUGGGGAUGGGGAGAGCCAUAUGUUGCCUCCUGAUGUAUAUAUAUAGUACAGCCGCUACACACAGAGAAUGGCGUAGUAUUAUGCAAUGGGAUGAAACAUAGCACCAACUUGCGGACUGUGGCAUUUCCCAGAGAUUUGGGAAUUGCAGUGGAAAGGGGCUCAGCAGGCCUUUCUCAGCCUGGAGUUAGUCCACUUAGCACAGCACACAGGGCAACUCUUUUUAAAGAGGGAAAGCCUGGAGUGGCCUGCAGGGCCAGGAGCACUCAGGCUGCAGGAGCCCAGCUCCGCUUCAGCUGGCUCAUCUCUGAGGCUCAGGGCACAUCUCUGAAUCUCCUCAACGCUCCUUCCUUUCACCAGCAUCAUCCACAGGAAUGCUUUUCGUUAUUAGCCAGGAAUGUCUGAGUCUUCUCAGACAAGAUUUUUCUUUGUUGGUGUGGAUUGUUUCUUAUCUUUUUUCCCCUUUUAGAGAGCCCGAGGGUGCAGAGCGCAGUACCCCCUCCAGCUGCCCCUCCUCUGCAUCAGGGCUCUGCCAGCUACACUGGUGGGCACCAGGGCCUGC